AUGGAACAAGGAAGAGUUAUUUUGCAACUGCGUGAGGUGGAGCAAAGAGUCUCCAUGCCCCAAGGAACAGACUUGAAGACCAAAGACCUCAAAGCCAUAGCUAAGGAGACGACUAGAAGUCUCCGGGAAGAGCUGGGACCCUUCACCUCACCCCUGCUCUGGAGCGAGUAUUUCCUCAAUGCAGCGGUGAGACAUCUGAAUUUCCAGCUGGAAGACUUCAUUGACGAGGACAGAGGCCGAGGACCAAGACGUUUCUUCUCUCGAGUGUUUAAGAUGUUCAGGAUCAGGAAGAACAGAGUGUCACCUGGUCCUCUGAGAGCAUACAUCAGAUCAGCAUCCUAA